AUGGCAACUUUCUGCAUCAAAUCAUCCGGAAACUUCAGUCGCAACUCAACUUACAACACUAAUCUCUCCUCUUUUCGAAACCAAUCAUCCAUCGUUAACUAUUACAAUCUCACGACUGGUCUAGCAUCAGACACAGUCCAUGGCAUGUUCUUAUGCACAGGUGACGUCAACAUAACAACAUGCAACGCCUGCGUCAAGACCGCAACGAUCGAGAUCGUCAAAAACUGCACUAAUCAUAAAGAAGCAAUCAUUUACUACUUCGAUUGUAUGGUUCGUUACUCAGAUAAGUUCUUCCUCUCGACUCUAGAGACACAGCCUAAUAGCGUUUGGAUGUCUGUUGAUCAAAUACCAAAAUCGUUGGGUCCGUUCAGAGAGAGAUUGUCUGAGAAGAUGGGAGAGGUUAUCGUAAGAUCAUCUAUGUUGUCUUCAGCUCUCACGCCGUAUUAUUACAUGGAUGUGACUCGAUUUGAUGGCUCCUAUGAUCUUGACUCUCUUGUUCAGUGUAGUCCACAUUUGGAUCCAGGAAACUGUACCACAUGUCUGAAACUUGCGUUGCAAGAAAUCACAGAGUGUUGCAGUCAUCAACUUUGGGCUAUGAUCUUCACUCCCAAAUGUUUUGUGAAUUUUUAUGUCACAACCUCAUCACUGCCUCCGCUCCCAUCACCGAAUCGUAGCGGGUCUUUCUCGAUUAAUGGAAAUAAUGAAAUAUUUUGGGGCAUGGCUGUGGCAGCUUCGGUAUCUGCACUUUUGGGUCUAUGA